AUAAAAAUAAAAUAAAACAAUGAAACGCCUGGAAUGCGACUCUGACCCGCCGGCCCAGCCAAGCCGCCUUCGGGUGCUCUUUGCAGAUGCACCUUAUUUUAUUUAGCUGGGCUGAGGCGCUCAACUCAGGGUCCCCCGCUCCUCCUCCAGGGCUUGGAGAAAGCAACGUCUCCCCGCUUCCCGCGUCCUUGUCCCCAGCGCCGGCUCCCGGUCACCAGUUAGGAUGCCUUCCGGCCGGGCGGAGGGAGGACGCGGGCCUCCCACCCCAGCUGGGCUCCUCACUAGAGCCCGGGUCCAUCAGCUCUGCCAGAGUAGGAGCCGCUGCCUGCAGCGGGCGCCCUAGCCCUGUCGCGGGGUCCCGCGCCGCUCUGCGGCCUUGCACGGAGCCGGUGCCCGGCAUCUGCCGGUGGGGAGGGGAGUCUCUAACUCGUCCGGCCUCCCACGCUCUCCCCUCGCGCCCUCUCCCCCCCCCAGCGCUGACGUAGAAGCGCGCACGAGCGGGGGGAGUAGGCGCCCCGUCCAAGCCGUCCGUGGGCGGGGCGGAGGGAUGUGGGGGGUGAGCUUAUCUCCAUUCUUCCUGGGAGGCGAGAAGCUUUUCGGCGCAAAGGGACCGGCGCGGGAGGUUCCUAGCAGGUGCGCCAUCGGCUCGCGGCUCGCUCUGCUCUGCUCCUCUGCGCUUCUUCAGCAGCCGCCGUUGCCUCUGCAAGCCAUGAAACUGGAAAGUGCCGCUGACUCGCAGCUGGAGUUCGCCAUUGCCACGGAAAGGGAUUUUGAGGAGAUCCUGGCCAUUUCCAAGGGGAUCUACGGGGGCCUCGACUAUCUCCCGAGCCGCUACCAUGCUUGGGUCCAUGAGCCAAACCGCACCGUGGUGCUGGCCAAGAAGAAUGGCGUGGUGAUAGGGCUCCAGUCAGUCUACAUCAUUGACGCGGGCGAGACCGCCCUGGUGGAGGGACUGCGUGUGGCACCCUGGGAGCGUGGCAAAGGCGUGGCUGGCGUCUUGCAGCGAUUCUGCUCUGCCAUGGUGAAGGAGAAGCAUCCGGAAGUCAAAGUGUUACGCCUGACCCGGGAUGACAAGCUGGGCCCCAAGGACUUGAGGAAAUAUCGCAUCAUUGCAAAACAGGGGAUCCUUCUGGUGCGCUUCCAGGCCCAGGAGGUGCUGUCCCGUUUGGACGCUGCGGUGCUGGCGGAGGGCGGCUUCAGCCCGGAGCCUUCGGAGCUGCUCCUGGAGAAGGAGGUGCCGGAGGUCGUCCUGAGGGAGGCCUUCCGGAGGGAGGUCCUGCCCAACCAGACCAUCAUCCAGGACUGGCAGCCCUUCCAGGCCACCCGGAGCAACCUCAGCCUCCUGCAGAAGAAGAGCCUCUGCUGGGUGGUAGAUCAGAAGGCCCGCCCGACCGUGGCCACCCUGAGCACCCAGCCCUUCCCCAUCCCGCUGGGCAAAGACUGGCACUACCUGAACAUCGACGCCUUUGGCCGCAGCCUGGCCCACCUCAAGAGUCAGCUGGUCCACCACCUGCGCCUCCAGCUGCCCGCCCUGCAGGGAAGCGUCAUGUGCCAGCUGUUCCUGGAGCCCCAGCUGUGGCUGGAGAUGGCGGCCUUCUGCCAGGAGGCCCUGGGCCUGGAGCUGGCGAAGGACUACACUGAGCAGUACCUGCUGGAGGCCGACAUCUGAAGGGCAGAGGCCCCCGCCCUUCCCGAGCCCGCUUUGUCCACCAUGGGUCUCCCCUGCCUUUCCGACAGGCCGGAUCUGUCCUCUCAGGUGGGCCGCACAGGCCAUCCCGGCAGAGAAGACGCAGGCCCAGGAUCCCCCCCCCCCGUUGGCUCUGCCGCCAAGGCCUGCAGCCACAGCCCUUCCCUAGGAAACAGCCCGGGGGAAGGGGAGGACGGGUGGCUUCUCCAGAGGGCUGGGCCCCAAAUUGUGUCCUGGUCUCUCUCUCUCUCUCCCUCUCUCUCUCUCUCUCUCUCUCUCUCUCUUUCUCUCUCUUUCUUUCUCCUCAGUCCUGUUGAGAGGUGUCUCGCCUGCCCUCCCCCCACCCCCCAGCUGUUGGCCAUAUCUAGUUAGUCAUAUUUAUUACAUUUAUACCCCACCGCAGCCCCACAGGGCUCUUGUCAUAUUGACAGGAGUUCAAACAUGGUGAAAAUGUCAGUGGUUAACCUCCAUUUAAAACCAUCCAACACCUGAGAUGCUCAAAUCAGAAAACCCGAAAGGGAAGCCCAUGUCCAGUCCCAAAGGCCUCUGCCUGUAUUUCUGUCCUCCACACUCCAGGAGGCGCUGAAGCCGGAGCUCCCUGUCCAGUGGGAGGCCAUUGCGGAGGGCCUCUGUGCACCUCCUCCCCUCCCCCCCACUGCCCUGGUCCUCCCAAGUGCGGAAGACCCCCAGCUGCCCUUCCAGCGAGAUUGAGCGCAGGGGCUGAUUCGGGGGGGGGGGGGUGAAGGCAUUCCAGAAGCAUCUGGAAGUCAAGCCACAAAAGGGAGUGUCUCUGAGCCCCUGGAGCUGUCCCUGGGGGCCAAGGCCCUGGUGGGUGUAAGGUGGCCCCAUCGGUGAGCGCUGGAUAAUUGGCAGCCCUUUGCAUGUGGGGGCAACUGAGGCUCCUGCCCUACUCUUAGAGGCAGAGCCUUGAACCGCGUGCCAAGAGGCCCUGUGGUCAAUCCUCUUGCCCCAAGGAGGCCCACAGCUGGGCAGUGGUCAAGCUUUUUGCCUAUUGUCCAAAGUAGGAGGCCCUCUCGGCCGUGGGUUCUCUGCCAAGAGCUGCUCCUGGGGCCAACCAGGCACCCCGAUGGACAAGCCGUAGCUCCUCCUUGCUCCAGAGCUGCGGAUACCCUCAGCACACUGACGGUGUUGAACCCCAAACUAACCUAUAUCUCAGCCAGCGGCUUCACGCAGUGGUAAAACUGGGUUUAAGUUGCACCUUCCCUCCCUCCCUUUCUUUCACCCUGACUGGAGCAGCCUUUGUGAGGAGCCCCCAAUCCGGACCAAAGUCCCUAAGGAUGCCGGGUGGAUGGCGCCGAAAGCUGCUGAGGGGCCCGAAAGGAGCUGGACCGGGGUGCUCUUCCCAUCCAGAUCCCAAGAAGGGAUCUUAUCCAGUAGUGCAAUCAAAGCUGCUUCCGUCCCUGACCAGGUUCCAGGCCCUCUGCUUUAUCUCAAGCUCGACAGCCUACUAAGAAAGAAGGGCAACAGCUAUGCAGCCCCUCCGGAGGCAGGGAGGCAGGGGAGGCACGCCCCAGCUCCCUUCCAGGCCACCAGGAACGGCCCUUCUGCCUGGAGACGCUGGCCGUCUCCUGGACGGAGGGAACAGCCUCCCUUGGCAGCAGAACGAAGCCACAAGGGCCCAAGCUGCAGGCAGAGAGGGCAUCUGAGAGAGCGCCCUGCCCCCUUCCCCCGGGGGAACCGGCCAAGCUUACUGGCAGGUCAAGUGGAGCCAAAGCACGGAGUGAAAGUGAGUGGCGUUGCUGGCCCAGCAUUGGGCCAGCUGGUCACAAUGCCAGCAAGAGGCCCUUGCGACAGGAUCAGCCACUCUAAGAAAGGCCGCUGGACAGCAGCCCAGAGCCCAGGAAGGAGGGAAAGGGCUUGGCCUCUCUUACCGCCACCCAGAAGGGGUGAAACGGGUACCCAGCUCAGUCGGUCCCUCUCUUGCCCGUCCGCGCAGGUUCCGGGAGCUGACUCUGGGCCUUCUUUCCCGGGGUCCUGCAGAGACCAAGGAGGUGCCCGGGGCUGGCCAGUGGAGAGAGGCCAUUUGGGAUCAGUUGUGCCAUGGGCCCGAGGCACUGCUUGUGGCCAGCGGUCUUCCCAGUCAGGUGGUCGAGAAGGUCCCUGGCGCCCCUCAAAGCCAGCCAGACCCCUGGGCAUCUGGGGCUCACUGUCAAAAUGUUGAACCCUUGCAGAGGCGGAUGGCCUUAGGGACACUCUGACCAGGAGGAAGGGGGGGGACACCCUCCUUGUCCAGAUCACAAUCGCUCUGCCAUGAAAGAAGGCAGGGGGCAUCAGGGCUGAGGCUGCUUGAGGGAAGCCAUGAACCCCUGGGCUCUAGGAGAUCCAGACCAACCUGCAGAGGGCUUGGAGUCCCCAGAACCAAAGUUGGGGGCCUCAACUGCCAGCUGCCUCCCUAGGCAUAGGGGAGUAGGAGGGGAUCCAGGUGGUCUGAUCUAACACAAAGACACGCACUCACACACCCCCUCCCUUUGCUCUGGGCUACAUACAAAGUCCGUAUACAUCAACCCUAUCUCUACCUCCAACUCUGAAAGGACCACACAGCCACCUUCGGAACACGCCCCAAGGCUGGCUGUUUGUCUACCACAGCAGGCAGCGGGGCAGCUUUGCAGGUCUAGGGCCAAGGCUACAUCCAGGUUGGGGGCGCAAUCCCAAGGGGCCCAGCUGCUUCUGCUGCCCCCCACCGCCCUGGCAACAGCCACGUGAUUACGGUGAGGGAGCCUGGCAACGGGGCCGACGUAGGUGGUGCUCCUGGCAAUAGUCAAUGUGGCCACGUGAGGCAGGGGGGAGGGUGGCACCGGGUCGCCACGUCCUAUUGCUGGGCCCCCCUGCCCAGUUUCCCCAAGUGUCACGUUCAAAGUGAGCCUUGUGCAGUAUUAGAAGAAGCCUCUAGAGGCAAAUCCUUUCCCUCCCACCUGGGCUCUGCCUGCCCCCAACAGCCUUUCCUCGCCCCUGGUUUUGCUCCCUGGGGAGGCAGAAGGAGCGUUGGCACCGGGCAUUGUCAGCCGCCCUUGCAACUCAGUCCUCCUGGGGGGGGGAAGGGCGUGCCCCUCCCUCAUAAGUGCGGAGUCCCUCGUUCACUCUGAGAGCUCUCCGGAGGCCAUUUAGAGGGGGGGGGCUGCCUCCGGAUUCGCUUUCCUUCGAGCGCAGCUGCAGCCUCUCUGCCUAAUUCUCCCGGGCGGCUUAUUUAGGGCCUGCCCCACAGGGCCAGUUUUCCUCCGAAGGUGGGGUGGGGCAGCCAGGUGCGGCAGAGCUGGAAGGGGCUCGUUCGGCUGGGGACGAAAAGCAAGCAGACUCGCAGCGCCUGUCAGCCAGAUUGGCAGACCCAACGGCCUGCUCCGCCCCCAAAUGCCUCCCUCAUCAGGGCCUUUUGAUAAGCAGCCAAUGACUUUUGAGGGAUGGUGCAAAAAAGGCACGAGAAACACCUGAACGAAUUAAAGGCGUAAGAAAAAAAGGGAAAUCGAGCUCAGUCUAGUUGACGCCGUUCUUUCCUCCGGGACCCUCCUGGCCUCUGCCGCUUCUCCCCUGCCCUUGAAACGCCCUUUUGAGGAGCUCAGCUGCUCCGGGCUCCCCUCCCCUCUCCUUCUCCGGCCGGCGGCCUUGGGGCCUCCUCGGCUUCCUUUUCCCUGAAGGGCCAGAGAGACUCCGUCUCGCGUCACUGCCGCCCCCAGCAGGGACCUCCCCCCCCCCGCCGCGCUUCUCCUGCCGCACCGCCACAACAGCAGGCAGAAGCAGCGAACCUUUAUAGAGCGGGACUUGACUUGUUUGUAUCCUGCCUUUAUUAUUUUCAUAAAUACCUCAGAGCAGAGAACACACAUAGCACUCCUUCCUCCUCCUUCCUCCCCCCAGCAACAACAACCCUGUGAGGUGGAUUGGACUGAAAGAAAGGGACUGGCCGACUUUCGUGUUUCAUUUCAGGUCUAGAACUCGCCGCCUCCCGGUUUCUAGACCAGCACCUGAACUUCUACACCUUCUUCAAUCAAUAUUUGUUCCUUGCAACCUGCCACCAUCUCCCUUGCUAUCGGCACUUGCUGCCCUUAAGUUUUUCCCACUUGAUAUCUUUAGGGAGCAUUCUGGCAAAGUCAACUGGUACAUCACUUCGUGCUGGUUUUUCAUUUAUGUAGGAUUCACAAUUAUUUGUUCAGCUUGAAUAUAACCCCUGAUCUUUGAUAGACUAACAUCCUCCUCGCAUUUUCCAAUGUAACCAGAAUGGCAGACCAUUCACAUCUGGAGCAGAACAUCUGUCUCAGAAUCAAUGGAUAUCCUUUCUGGGGAAGUUUCAAGAGAGGCUGGGGUGGCCUCUGCUCCCACCUGGCAAGGAGCUGGGCUGGGUGACCCCCAUCCCACUGGUUCCAAUCUGCCCUUCUGUGACUCUGUGACCCACGUCCAAAGCUCCCGGCACACCUGCAUCCCCAAUCAGUGCACCCCAAACCUUCCCACAGCAGUUCCUUCUAAUCUACAGAGAUCACAAAUGUAAUGUUAAGAAGAGACAUCAUCUCUCCUUGGCUUUUAUUGUCUGUCCAUUCUCAAAACAUUUGCCUAGUGAACUGUUUAUUCUCAGACAUGCUCCAUCAGUUCCAGAAAUGCAGUUUUGUCUGUGUUCACUGUUGUCACCUUUUGCUUCCAGUAAAAGAAAAAGAAACGUCCUGUACAGUUGCAGCCUUUGCAGAUAUGUUGAAAAAGUCACACAGCCAUAAGCAACCCACUUCCCACUUUUAACAAUUCUCCAGUUAUACUGCAGGCUUAACCAUUCUCAAUAUUUUCACAGUAUUUAGGUUUUCAUUUUCAUUAUUCAUUUUCUGGAAGCUAACAAUAAUAUUAAACAUACUGAAUGCCA